AUCACUUUCCUUCUCUCUCUUUAAUCACCAUCAUAUGUGCUUCACAUGAUCUCCAUACUCCAUUACCCACACAUAGAACGCAGAGAGACUCUUCUCUAAACCGAAUGCCAUUUGCUGUCUUUUGCAUCUUUAAGUUGCUUCUUUCUCAAUGCUUUGACUCUUCUUCUCUCUUUCUGAUUUGAUUCCUUUCUUGCAUUUCUAUCUUGUGGAUAACUAAAAAUGAAGGUGUUUCAACUUUUGUGCUCAAUUCUUGUCUUGUUGCUCCUCCUGCGUACUGGGAAACCAGAGAUUUAUAUUGUUACAAUGGAUGGGGAGCCUGUCAUAAGUUAUAAAGGAGGGGUCCCUGGCUUUGAACCCAUUGUUGUAGAUACUGAUGAGAAGAUUGACACCACCAGCGAAUUGGUCACAUCAUAUGCCCAGCAUCUUGAAGAGGAACAUGAUAUGCUUCUUGGUUCACUGUUUGACCAUGGAACCUACAAGAAACUCUACAGCUAUAAACAUCUUAUAAAUGGUUUUGCAGUCCAUAUAUCCCCUGAACAGGCAGUAACCCUAAGGCGUGCCCCAGGUGUGAAAUCAUUGGAGAGAGAUUGGAAGGUAAGGAGACUCACAACGCAUACUCCACAGUUCUUGGGGCUUCCAACUGGAGUGUGGCCAACAGGAGGUGGAUUUGACAGGGCUGGAGAAAACAUUGUGAUAGGAUUUGUUGACUCUGGAAUUUAUCCACACCAUCCAAGCUUUGCAACAUACAACACUGAUCCAUAUGAGCCACUUCCAAAGUACAGAGGAAAAUGUGAAGUUGAUCCUGAUACGAAGAAAAACUUUUGCAAUGGAAAGAUUAUUGGAGCCCAACAUUUUGCUGAAGCUGCUAUAGCAGCUGGGGCAUUCAACCCUUCUAUUGAUUUUGCUUCUCCCAUGGAUGGUGAUGGACAUGGAAGCCAUACGGCUGCUAUUGCAGCUGGAAAUAAUGGUAUUCCUGUGAGAAUGCAUGGCCAUGAGUUUGGGAAAGCAAGUGGUAUGGCUCCUCGUGCUAGGAUUGCUGUUUAUAAGGCUCUCUACCGGCUUUUUGGAGGCUUUAUUGCAGAUGUGGUAGCUGCUAUUGAUCAGGCUGUUCAUGAUGGAGUGGAUAUACUCAGCCUCUCGGUGGGUCCUAAUAGUCCUCCAGCAACCACCAAGACGACAUUUUUAAAUCCCUUUGAUGCUACCCUUCUUGCAGCUGUGAAAGCAGGUGUAUUUGUUGCACAGGCAGCUGGUAAUGGAGGUCCCUUCCCUAAAACCUUGGUUUCUUAUAGUCCCUGGAUAACAUCUGUAGCAGCUGCAAUUGAUGAUCGGAGAUACAAGAACCAUCUGACCCUGGGAAAUGGAAAAAUCUUACCUGGAAUUGGUUUGUCACCCUCUACACAUCCAAAUCAAACAUACACCCUGGUUGCCGCAAAUGAUAUACUACUAGAUUCUUCGGUAAUGAAGUACAGUCCUUCAGACUGCCAGAGACCAGAAGUGCUGAACAAAAACUUGGUUAAGGGGAAUAUACUUCUUUGUGGCUAUUCCUUCAAUUUUGUUGUUGGUACUGCAUCUAUCAAAAAGGUUUCAGAAACAGCCAAGAGUCUUGGUGCAAUUGGAUUUGUUCUUGUUGUGGAAAAUGCUUCUCCAGGAACAAAGUUUGAUCCUGUCCCUGUUGGUGUUCCUGGGAUUCUCAUCACAGAUGUCUCUAAAUCAAUGGAUCUUGUAGAUUAUUACAACAUUUCUACGCCAAGAGAUUGGACUGGACGAGUGAAGAGCUUCAAUGCUACAGGAAGCAUUGGUGAUGGCUUGAUGCCUAUACUCCAUAAAUCAGCACCACAGGUAGCAUUAUUCUCUGCUCGAGGGCCCAACAUAAAAGAUUUCAACUUCCAAGAUGCUGAUCUUCUUAAACCAGAUAUCUUGGCUCCCGGUUCUCUUAUUUGGUCUGCUUGGUCUCCAAAUGGAACAGAUGAGCCAAAUUAUGUUGGAGAAGGAUUUGCCAUGAUAUCUGGAACGAGUAUGGCUGCGCCCCAUAUAGCAGGGAUAGCUGCACUUGUGAAGCAGAAACAUUCUCACUGGAGUCCUGCUGCCAUCAAAUCAGCCUUAAUGACAACAUCAACAAAGCUGGACAGAGCAGGAAGACCUCUUCAAGCACAACAGUACUCUGAAACAGAAGCCACGAAGCUGGUUGCAGCUACCCCUUUUGAUUAUGGGAGUGGUCAUGUUGAUCCAAGGGCUGCUCUGGAUCCAGGACUCAUCUUUGAUGCAGGUUAUGAGGAUUACUUGGGGUUCUUAUGCACAACACCUGGUAUUGAUGUCCAUGAGAUUAAGAACUACACAAACUCUCCUUGCAACUACACCAUGAAGCAUCCAUCAAAUUUCAACACCCCAUCAAUCACUGUAUCCCAUCUAGUGAAAACUCAAACAGUUACUCGCAUGGUCACAAAUGUUGCUGAGGAAGAAACUUAUGUGAUUGCAGCAAGAAUGCAACCAUCCAUUGCCAUUGAAGCAACCCCUUCAGCAAUGACUCUCAAGCCUGGUGCAUCUCGGGAGUUCUCCGUCAGCCUUACGGUUAGAUCAGUGACUGGAACAUAUAGUUUUGGAGAAAUUUUAAUGAAAGGCAGCCGAGGGCACAAAGUAAGGAUUCCAGUGGUGGCUAUGGGAUACUGGCGAUAGAGUGAGUUACUUGGUCAUCUAAAUUAAGUUUUUAUGGUUUUGAUAUUCUUUGUAACAUGUGGUAAUAAGAUAUAAGGCUAGAUUGGUUUAAUCCAAAAUAUAUAUAUAUAUAUAUAUAUAUAUAUAUAUAUAUAUAUAUAUAUAUAUAUAUAUAUAUAUAUAUAUAUAUGUGGAAUAGUUGUAAAGGUAACCAGUUUAAGGGAGAGACUCCUAGUUUCUUCCAGUUGUAAGUUUUAUUAAUUUUUUCAGUAAUUUCAUUACUCCUUUGCCAUGAGGAUUUUUCUGCUCUUAUUGAAUCCAUAUCAAUGGGGGAUUAUUGAAUUUUA